AUGGGAAAUAUUCUUCCUCUGCAAUUGCAUGGUAUUGAGAACGCACGUUCUAAUUGGAAAGAGUAAUAUACCUCUUGCCCUGUUUUUUUUUUCUCAGUGAUAAAUCGCUAAAUAUUACGGGACAUUUCCACGGCAUUAAUUAAGGCAGAGGGGAUCUGUAAGCGCGGCCUUUCACUCAAUUUCCGAAGAAAGCAAAAUUCCAUGAAUGAUGCAAUUAGGUGGAUUAAAGCCGGAGGGAACUGCUUUUGAUUGCUUGGCCUUUUCUUAGAAAGCAUUCUCAUCGAAUUGCCGCACCAGGAUAGAACAAUUUUCAAGAAACUCGCUCUCCUUCCCCGCCGUGAAGGAAAAACAAAGUUGACCAUUUUUCAAUGGAUAAACAACUUCUGUCAAAUCUGUCCGCGUAAGUGAACGAUCUAACUAAAAAUUUAGAUUACGUUCUAGUCUCUAUCUCGUUGAAGAAAAUCAGGCUUCAUCGAAACGAGAUCGUUCCUCUUCAAAGGGUGAAUUCUCUGAAAAACAAUAAAUGGCCAAGAUGUGACCAAGGAGAGAAUUUCAAGGAGGAUCUGCCUCGGGUCAUCGCGUGGAUGAUGUGCGACUGGGUGUGGUUACUAACAUUGUGCUCCCUGCUCGUGAUAGCACAAUCUCUGCCAACGAAUCUGGCAGACGAUGGGAAAAAGACUGAGCAAACAAUGAGACCAAAACGAACGUUAGCCUCGUCCGGACUCGGCGGACUGAAAGCAGCACUUGCCGAGGAGGAGAAACCCUCUCAUUCUAACAUACCUAACAACGCUGUCUAUGAUCGUGAUUCUUUCUCUCCGUACGAUAGAAGCUACGAUUAUGGGAAGGUGAUGAUGAACGAAUUGGGAUACGAGAUGCCGCAAGUAUGGGACGUCCCUUCGUAUUCCCGUUACUACGUGAACGAAGAUCGUCGGAAGAGGUCGGAGAAAUCAACGGCCAGCGGGUCAACCACGGUGAAACCGUCGACCACUUCGUUCCAGUCUCCAACAUCCACUCAGCAGUCUGUUCAGGCGCAGGUGAAGAGAAGCGUGCCGAUCUAUCAGGAGCAACGAUUCAAGAGAGAAUUAGAUAUCGAUCCGCAGGACGUUCUAACUCUCCUGUCUCUCUGGGAGAACGAGCGCCACAAACGAUAUUGGAAUCGUUCGUACCCAUCCAUCCGGCUAUUACGAACAAUACGAGAAUCAGUAUGGGCAACAAUACGACACGACCUCGCAAUACAACGGCCCUCAAUACGGCCUGGUUUAUCCUCAACAGACUUACUACAACACCCCCGAGAAAAGGUUCAUGGUGUCUAAGAAACGCUCGCAGGUAAUUGAACUCGAUUCACUCGACUCGCGAGUAUCUCGAAGAGGAUAUUCAUACAAUUCGUUUCACAGGCGUACGAUCCUUACUCCAGCGCGGCUCAGUUCCAAAUGAGCUCGCAGUCGCGUGGAUAUCCUUACCAGCACCGUGUCGUCUACUAA